AUGGAACAUUACAGACAUUUUCUCAUGUUUAACCUAGACAAGUUUGAUGAUUGGAAAGUGCGAAUGCAGGCUCACCUGUCUGCUAUUCAUGAUGAGAUGUGGGAUGUGAUUACUGAUGGACCUAUCAAGAUCCUACAAGUAAACACCAACCGAGCCGCUGAUGAUCCAACGUCACCAGCAAUGAUACCGAAGGAUAAGUCCUUGCUGACAACCGAGGAGAGAACUCGUGCGAACCUUGACAACAUUGUCAAAGAUAUACUCUACAAGGCUUUGGAUGAGUCACUAUUCCCUCGGGUGAGAAAGUGCAAAUCGGCUAAGGACAUCUGGGACACACUCAUGCACAUAGGAGAAGGUGACGAGCAAGAAAAGGAAAACAAGUUGACUAUUGCCAUGAAAAGAUUCAAGGAUUUCAAACUUAGCACAAAAGAAUCCAUAACUGAUAUGGAAGCUCGAUUCAUGAAGUUGCUUAUGGACAUCCGAGACCUCGAUGAGGAGAAGCUUUCGCAAAAGGAGAGAAACCUAAAGAUUCUCUGA